AUGAAACCAUUGGUUAUCGAUGGUUUCAUUUCUGUGGAUUAUUUCGUUCAUCGCAGCGAAUUGAAAUAUUUCUUCUUAUCGCACGCUCAUAGCGAUCAUUGCGUUGGACUUAGUUCGAAAUGGUGUUUCGCUAAAAUUUAUUGCUCUCCAAUAACGGCGAAAAUCUUGCCGAUUAUUUGGGCUCAUUCGCCGUAUGGUUGUGUUUCGUUCGAUAUGAUUAAACCUCUCGAAUUAAACGUUCCUCAUCAAAUGGAUGGUUUUUCUGUAACAUUAAUUGAAGCAAAUCAUGUUCCUGGUUCGGUGAUGUUUCUUUUCGAAGGACCAAAAAUCAGUGAUGGCGUUGUACUUUGUACGGGUGAUUUUCGUGCAGAUUUUCAUUUUUAUACAAAUAUUUAUUCAAUGAAUAUUUUACAAGAAAAAGUAAUUGGUACUCUUUAUUUGGAUAACACUUAUUUGAAUGUAAAUAUUACUGAAUUUCCAACGAGAGAAGAAUCAUUAGAAAAAACCGUGAAUUUAAUCAAAUCUUCGAAUCCAAAUCAGUUAUUUGCAAUAUCGGUCAAUAAUAUAGGGCGUGAAAAAUUUAUCCAUGAAUUAGCAAAGAGUCUUCAGGAAAAUAUUUAUGUUCCCCCCCUUCGCCAACAAAUAGCAGAAUUAUUGGGGCUUCAUGAAUAUCUAAAAACUGAUCCAAGGAACAUCCGAAUUCGAACGUGUCACAAAAGAGAUUAUAUCACUUUAAUGUUCACUGGAUAUUCCAUCAUUAGUCCUUCAAUGGCAUUCCACUUAAAUUCUGAAAUUGCACGAAAUAAACUGAUUAAAAUAGGAUAUUCGGAUCACAGCAGUCCGAAUGAAAUUCGUGAUUUUUUGCGACUGCUAAGGUUUAAAAAGGUUGUGGGUACAGUGAACUGCAUUCAGCCAUCUUUGAACCUCGAACUUUUGUCAUUAUCAUUAACUAUUAAUAAUGAUUCAAUAACUACAAGUGGAGAUUGCGAUAAGGAAGAUAUAUCUCCAUUCAGUAUGAAGGAUUUUGUAGGAAAAUUUCAAAAGGAUCACCAAAUGCCCUUAAGUGAAGCUGAAAUGAAAAACUUAUCUCAAGCGCAUCCUAUCGAUCGCUUUGAAGAGGAAAUGGUGAAAAUACUUGGAGAAGUGGGACCAGUUGAGCGAAAUUCGGAUGAAGUAUCAAAUCGAGAAGCAAUGGAUUUUAUUGAUAGCAUACUAAGUUUCAAUGAAAUGACGGAAAAUAUUUAUAAAGAAAUAGGAAAACAUCGUCGCAUAAUUCCAUGCAGCAAGGUUAAAAAAAACGAGCAUCUGAACGAGCAUCUGAAUGAAUUCGAAAAAUGUUUUGAUAUUAACAAGGAAUUAGCUGAAUUUUCGAAAGUUCAAGGCAUUGUAUAUAAGAGAAAAUCACAAGCAUGUGAAUUUUCACAAAUAGAUACGGAAUUAGUCGAUGAUAUGGUGAUAUUUGACGCAUACAAUGGUCCAGUAAAAAUUACUCCAUGUAUACGAAAAGCUUCUUCGAACUUAUCACAAUUAAAGAAGAAUACGCAAAGAGGAAGCAAAAUUUCACAUUAG